UUUGGGUUCAGUUUAAGCAAGAAAUACAGUUUUAAACAAUAGUUGGGUUAAAUAAAACUACCCAGCAGGUUGGGCAAACAUUUAACCCAACCACUGGGUUAAAACAACACAAUCGCUGGGUUUGUCCAUUUUCAACCCAAGUUGGGUUGUUUUUAACCCAGCAUUUUCUAGAGUGUACUUUCAACAGGUUGUUUGCACAUGACGUCGUUGCUGUGGCGUGAAAUGCAGCUGGAGGGCAGGAAGAUUUAAUCCUAUCACAAACUCAAAAUUCAAAUGUUUUGCGUCGUCAAAUCAACCGAGAAACCACAAGGAGCUUUUAUCGUUUUUUAACUUUAAAAGUUGUCGCCUUUUAUAGCGUUUUGCAUCUGCUGAUACUGGAAUGAAUAUAGAUACCUGCUUCACUUUUUUGUUUUCGACUUGGUUAAAUAAUCACAUUCUUCAUGGUAUCGUUUGCAGGGAAGAGGAGAUAUUUUAUCCCAUUGCAUGAUCAUUUGGUGUUUUCACUUCAGUUUUGUAGAAUUCUGUUCACAAUGUUCACAACUUUUUACUGUGGAAACAGUUUAACGCGCUGCUGCUUCAGACAUCAGAUGGUAGAAAAUGUCCAAAUAAAAAAAUGUGUUCAACAAGCUGACAGACGUCAAUCCAUUUCUUUGUUGGAAGGGUGUAAAUGUAACUGUAGUUUUAAUGUUGUCUUUGUAAAUAUUCACUUAUAUAAUAUUCCCAUAUAUGACCACGGAGGAGAAUCGGAGGGUCACAUUCAGCGGACAGCAAAUGGCAACCAAAAUCAAACCCAUAGACGCUCAUGAACAGUUUUGCAGUGGCUGCGUGCAAGUUACGCUCAUUCACAAGCCAAGUGAGAGUCAUACUCGCAAAUGUUAAUUAUUAAACCAAACAAAAUACAAAACUUUCAAAAACACUCAGCGAUGUGAUUAUUUUAUAGGCAGUGGGUUUAAUCAGUGAAAUUAUUAGAUUUGCAAUACAGCGUCUUCCCUUCACCUCCUCAACCUGCUUCCCUUAGUGUGUUUACACGUAGAAAAGGCGAAAACUGUAUUACACCAUCCAGGAAGACAGCGCGAUAUAAACAAACCAGACUAGAACUGAACACGGCGUGACAGCAGCUUCACAUUUAUUAAUUAUUAGGCUUAAAUGAAAACAGACCGUCACUGAGAUCUCGUAAUGGAACUAAAAUGACUGCUAUUGAGAUCUCCUAAAGGAACAAAACCGACCAUCAAUGAAAUCUCAUCACAAAAAAAAAACAAAAAAACACCAGUUUGAAUCAUUUCAAACUCGACUGUCAAUGAAAUCUCACAACUGAACAAAACCGAUCAUCAUUAAAAUCUCGUAACGAAAAAAAAAAAAAACUGUCAUUGAAAUCUCGUAAAGAAACAAAACUGACAGUCAUUCAGAUCUCGUAAAUGAAAUAAUUAUUGGUAAAAAUUAUUUUAUUAAAUAUUAGGCUUAAAUGAAAAUAUAUUCUCACAGCGAGACUUGGUAACCACAGGUAAAAGCAUAGAUGGCUACUCACUACCACUGUCAAGCGAUAUUAUAUUAUGAUAUGUUAUAUAGGCCUAAAAUGCCUAAACACAGGCAAAACCUACACCUUCACAAAGACAUGAAUUAUAUAUUCCCCAACCCACUUAAUAAAUAUAUUGCAAUAUAAAUGGUUAUAACAUAGUUUUCAAAAUAAAUAUUGCACAUUUCCACAAACCAUGGUAAUUUACUACAGUUCAUUCAUGGUAAAUGUUUGUAAGGGUGGUGAUUUUGGGAUUAAAUAGUCUUCUAUCUUCAUUCAUGGCAUGUUUCUCCUGUUUUCCUCAACAGUCUCAUUGGGAAUGUUGGCUGUUUCAUCCGAUUUAAAACUAGUUUAAUCAUCGAGUGAUUUGUAGUUUGUAAACGAGAGGUGUGUGUUGAAUUGAAACGCUUCUCACUAGAUGUCGCAACGCUGUUUAAUAAUGGUGAAUAAACGGGAAUAAACGCAGCUCCUUUAAGCUUUCGUUCCGUUAUCCUCUGGGCCGUGCUGCGAAGUUCAAAGUAAACUAGUGAAACACCUGAAAACAGCUCUAUUUGUUCUGUAUUUGUUGAUACUGACCGAGAAACAACUUCAGAUGAUUCAGUGACAGAGCGGUCCGAACGAAUCCAAAUCGUUUCAGAUCAUUAUGCAAGCGCGUUUGGCCAAUUCAUGGAAAAGAAAGAAUCGAGACAAAAGAAUGAUUAAUUCACGAAUGAUAGGUAUCGCUGGUUCAGUCAACAGAAAUACAGGACACACAUAAUAACUGCUGAAAUAUUCGCACGGAAAACGUUUCUCAGGUCGGUCGGAGGAGCGUGCGUAUAUAGCCGUACAGCUGCAGGCGCCACUGCGGCCACGUAUCUAACCAAAUUUAACCUGCACCUGCCAGGAAAAGAGGAGAGGGGAGAUCGGGGUGCCGCGGGCCAGAUGAAGAUGAUUGGCGAGCCGGAUGUGGCCCUCGGGCUGCCAGUUGUCGGGCCCUGCUCUAUAUCUACCGCCUCCAAGUCUUUCAAUUCAGUAGAAAAAUCACUCCUCUUCAUAACAUAAGGAUCACGUCCAACAUAUGUGGAGAUUUUCUGUUUAUACCUUUCUAAACCAGCACAUUGCGAACUUUACUCCAUCUCUUCCAUUCUAAUUCUCACUUCUUGCCCUCCACCUGAAUAUCACGUGAUUGCAAACUACCUAUUCAAAUGUAGUACCAGAGAUCGUAUUAUUAUAGGGAGAAGAGGGUCUGUAUCUCUUACCAUUGGAGAAAGCGUAACGGCCAACUUAAUCACGUGCGGCACCUCUCAGCCUAUAGCGUCGCCGUUCAAAACUCCUCCCUGCAUACCGCCAGUUAGCAUUAGCCAUUACGCUUUUUUGGCUAAAGGUUGCAGGCUUGCCUUCCAGUGGCUUUGAUAGUACUUACGGUAUGCAAUUUUGGGUCAACGUUCUUCGUUCAAAGCUAUCAGGACUUUAAUAAUGUUCUCAAAAUGUUUGCACAAAAACAUUAUUUAAACUGUUCAUGGAACACAUUUUAGUCGGAUGUCUAAUGUUUUAAAUGUUACUACUUGUUUCAGAACAUUCAAGAGCUAUUUGUGAAUUCCACGGUAAAACAAUUUGCUCUACAAAUUAAUGUAUUUAUAAUUGAAAACACAUUAAAAUAAUAUGGAAAGAAAUAGCCUACUAGUUGCAAUCAAGCAACAUAAUGAGCUUUUGUACAGCUUAAAAUAACUGGAAGUGACACCGGAAGCCAGACACAGUCAAUUAAAAAAUGGCCGCGUCCACUCAUAUUUACAAAAUGAAAAUGGAAUGUUCUCUUACCGUUCGCAUAACCGAGAGAAGAAGAAAAACGAUUAGAGAACAUUCAAAAAUAACGUUACCCUUAAAAACAUUCUUACAACAUAUUUUUGUUAGCUUAGAAGACCGCAAGGCCUAUGGGAGGCGGUGAUGCUGCGAGAAGACUCGAUACACACGAACACAGAGAGAGGAAGAGAGCGAAUGUAGUCCAUGAUACAGAGAAGGGGAACGCAUCCUAAACGCUCUCAUUUCCCAACCUCUCCAAGCUAUUUCACACACGCACACACGCGCGUGUUCUGGUACCAGGAGGCUCGGUGCUUUAUUGUUUCGGCGGAUGGGUGGAGGAUGCAGGCAUCACGCUGAGGGUACGCGCUCCACAUUUCGGCUCUGACUCACGUACAGCUGUUUUUUUCCCUUCUUUCUCUAUGGCGGCAUCCUUUUGCUCCGCCUCAUUGGUGUUACCCCCCCAUCUCUGGUCUCUGUCGCGCAGCUCCAGGCCAAUUGGUUGCCUGCCUUCAACCGUUAUCUGCUCUCUUCUGUCUCCGUGUCUCUCCUCUUCCUCUGUCUUCCUUCAACUCGCUAGAAUGAUUAGCAUACAGGAGGCGAGAGGAACUUUCCAGCGCGAGUGAACAGGAGAACAAGUGCGCGAAAGGAAGAACGUGGGAAAAUACGAUCAGGAGCGAUUGGAAAGUUUGAGCGAAGACAACAUUUCCAGACUGAAAAUGAAAUUGGAGGAGGUGUAGUGACCUCUUAUCAGUCGUCUAACAUAGAGGGCCGUGGGGCAAACAGAGGUCUGAACCAAAGAGCAAUUAAACCGGCAAUUACAUCAGAUGGAGGUGGAUGUAGCAGAUGAGAAGCACCAUUGCACACGCUCAAAAGUUCCCCUGGAGCCAGCCAUACAAGAGUUGUUCAGUGUGUACGGCUGUCCUGUCGCCAAGAAGAGAAAACCCCUGGAGACUCACGCCCUGGAGCCCUCGGCCAAGAGGAAGGUCUUCCUAACAGUCGUAGACCAGCAGUCAAUGGAGAAAUGCUACAGGACACACAAAAUGGAGGAGAUGGAUGAAAAAGAAGAGGAAGAAGAGGAGGAGGAGGAGGAGGAGGAAGAGGAGGAAAAGGAAGAAGAAGAGGAAGCGGAGGAGGAAUAUACAGACAACGAGGACCAAUAUGAUCAGGAAGAGGUAGAAGUGAUUAAUGGAGAAGAGGAAGAGGUGGAGCAGGAAGAAGAGGAAGUGGUGGAGGAGGAAGAGGAAGAAGGCGUAGAAAGAGAGGGGGAGGAUGAUGAAGAAGAGGAUGAGGUGGAGGAAGAUGAGGAAGAGGAUGAGGAGCAAAUUCAAGAAAUAGACAGUGACCAUAUGAAUUGCAGUCCCAGCAGACCGAGCCCCUCCAUGGAGAAGGACAACAACAACAACGAUGAAUAUGACAACUAUGAUGAACUGGUGGCCAAAUCUCUGCUUAACUUGGGCAAGAUCGCAGAGGACGCUGCUUACCGGGCCAUGACCGAGUCCGAGAUGAACAGCAACUCUUCCAACAGUGCAGAAGAGGAAGAGGAGGAGGAGGAGGAAGAAGAUGAAGAGGAUGAUGAAGAUGAUGACGAUGAGGAGGGCUCGAGGAAGGGUGAGCUGAGUCUGGACGUGAACAGUGAUGUGGUAAGGGAGACCGUGGACUCUCUGAAGCUCCUGGCGCAGGGUCACGGAGUCACGCUCUCGGAAAACCUCCACGAGAAGCCGUAUCAGGACGACGGGGGCGAGAACACGGACUGCAGCAGCAUCAACGGGCCCGCGGGCAACGGACUCGGCGGUAAACCCACCAGUAAUGGUCAGAUGGUGGAGAAGAGCGAUGAAGAAGUUUGUCUGAGCAGUUUGGAGUGUCUUCGCAACCAGUGCUUUGACUUGGCGCGCAAGCUAAGCGAAACCAAGCCAGCCGAGCGGCUCAACAAUAACCAGCAGCAGGCUCAUCAGCUUUAUCAAGAGGCCCAACAGCAGCAGCAGCAUCAGAGUCCUGAGGAGUGCCGCGUCCUCGAGAGGAACUACUCCGACAUGGUCAACCUGAUGAAGCUCGAGGAGCAGCUCAGCCCGCGCUCCAAGACUUUCUCCAGCUGUGCCGCAGAGCACAAGGGCUUCCAGGACUGCGAUGAAGACACAACUUCUGUCACGUCGGACCGCUCAGAGGACGUUUUCGAUAUGACCAAGGGCAACCUGUCACUGCUGGAGAAGGCCAUAGCGCUGGAAACGGAGCGGACUAAAGCUUUGCGGGAAAAAAUGGCGUCGGAAGCAGUUAGGAGAGAUAGACUGCAUUUGCAUGAUGGUUUGAGGCACAGCUGUGUGGAGGAGAGGAAGGCGCGUCUGCACCACGAUGGCCUAAAGAAGCCCUACUACCUUAAAGAUUCUUCAAGGUCGGGGAAAAAAGAAAGCCGCUGUCCAACGCCUGGCUGUGACGGCACAGGUCAUGUGACGGGUUUGUACCCGCACCAUCGCAGCCUGUCUGGAUGUCCACAUAAAGACAGAGUCCCACCAGAAAUUCUUGCAAUGUAUGAAAAUGUUCUUAAGUGCCCUACGCCUGGCUGCACGGGCCGGGGUCACGUCAACAGCAACAGGAACUCUCACAGGAGCCUGUCGGGUUGCCCAAUAGCGGCUGCAGAGAAACUGGCCAAAGCCCACGAGAAACAUCAGUCAUGUGAUGGAGGCAAAUCCAACCAGGCUUCAGAUCGUGUGCUCAGGCCCAUGUGCUUUGUGAAACAGCUGGAGAUUCCACAGUACGGCUAUAAAAACAACGUUCCCACUUCAACCCCGCGCUCCAACCUGGCCAAAGAGUUAGAGAAGUACUCCAAAACCAGCUUUGACUACAACAACUAUGACAACGCCAACAACAUCUACAGCAAACGGCACACUGCUGCACCCAAGCUCCACGGUCGGGACACGCUGCCCAAAAGUGAUGAGGCUAAACGCUACUGCAAGAGCUCGAGCUCGGCGAGCAGCACCACGAGCAGCUACGGCCCCAGCAGCAGCAGCAGCCUGAGCUGUGGAGGAGGAGGAGCGAGAGGAGGAGAGAGCAGCGCCAGCAGCACCUGCAGCAAGAGCAGCUUCGACUACACACACGACAUGGAGGCGGCGCACAUGGCUGCCACCGCCAUCCUCAACCUCUCCACCCGCUGCAGGGAGAUGCCUCAGAGCCUGAGUGGGAAACCCCUGGAGAUCUGCGCACAGUCUGAUGAUCUGGAUCCCUUCCAGGACAUUUUAGAGGACAGUGCAUACACUACCGAUGUCGGCAUUCCCAGCCCCAAACCAAAAUUCCCACCUUGCAAAGAAAGCAAAAAGGACCUGUUAACUCUUUCAGGUUGUCCUUUAGCAGAUAAAAGCAUUCGGAGUAUGAUGGCCACCAACUCACAAGAACUCAAGUGCCCGACCCCGGGCUGUGACGGCUCGGGACAUAUCACUGGAAAUUACGCUUCACACAGAAGUUUGUCAGGAUGUCCACGGGCUCGGAAAACUGGGAUAAAGAUAACACACAGUAAAGAGGACAAGGAGGACCAGGAGCCGAUCAGGUGUCCGGUGCCAGGUUGUGAUGGCCAGGGUCACAUAACGGGCAAAUAUGCGUCCCACCGCAGCGCGUCAGGCUGCCCUCUAGCGGCCAAACGGCAGAAGGACGGCUACAUCAAUGGCUCCCAGUUCACAUGGAAGGCUGGGAAGACAGACGGCAUGUCAUGUCCAACCCCGGGCUGUGACGGCUCUGGACACGUCAGCGGCAGUUUCCUGACCCACAGAAGUCUCUCUGGUUGCCCACGAGCCACAGCGGCGAUGAAGAAAGCCCGACUAUCAGGAAUGGAGAUGCUCACAAUAAAACAGCAAACAGGCAAUGGUUUAGACUGUGAUGCAGAUGUUAAACAGCUGGAUGAAGAUAUUAAAGAUUUACAUGAAUCAAAUUCACAGGUGGAGGCGGAUAUGAUCAAACUUAGAACACAGAUUACCACAAUGGAGUCUAAUCUGAAGUCCUUAGAGGAAGAAAACAAGAAAUCACUUCACAAAGAGCCUCCAGUUCGACAUAACAGCUGUUUACAGAUGCAUCAGAGAGAGCCGAUGAGCGAACAGAGCUUCGACGCAUAUGUGACCACGCUAACGGACAUGUACACCAGUCCAGAUCAGUAUCAGAGUGCAGAGAACAAGGCCCUGCUAGAAAAUAUCAAACAAGCAGUACAAGGCAUUCAAGUCUAGCAUCUCAAAAUGAAGGGGCCACUUUCCUAAAACGAAGGAACACAGGGGACACUUUCAGAAAGAAAAAAAUAACAAUAAUCAUGGGAUGCCUCACGCUGUGCUGUUGUAGUUUAUCGAACAGUGUUAAAUUCAUGUUCUUUUAAAAAGUGUUAUGCUGACUAAACAUAAUUCUACUUUGGGUUUAUUUUUCUGGCCUUGCUUUAAAAAAAAUGAUCUGCAAAACAGUUUUUGAAAGCAUUCACAUUUCGUACGUUUUCAUAUAGGCUAAUGUAACGUGAAUCAUCCUUCUCGCCGCUCAUUGAUGCACCUUUAGCGUAUAUUAGACCACAGUAAUGCAACCACUACUGAACAUUAGUUUGCGAAGCUUGCUGAGAUAGAGUUCAGAUCACAGAGGUUAGCUCAGUGAAAGAUUCUUUUUAUCAUUAAUAUCAACGCUUACACUUUUUUAAUAGUCCACUUUAGACAUUAACUAGAAGUAACUUUGCAACUGCAUGUCAGCUGACUCUCAUUAGAGCAGGGUUACUGUUCAAAUGUAUUCUGUUACAAAUUACUUCAUAAAAAGUAUUCUGUAAGGUAAUCCAAGCACCAUAAUAUGAAAGUAAUGUAAUCUGAUUACUUUUGGAUUCCUUCAAGGUUACAUAUGUAAAGAAAGUCAAGUAAAAAGCAAUAUUAUCAAAGUACCUUUAUUUAAUAUGAAUUUAAAAUUAAAACUAAUAAAAACUAGGCUAUUAAAACUAAGCAAUUGUGUCUUUUUUCACCAACUAGAGAUUACACAGCACCAUAUAUAUAUAUUAAUAUAAAAGGCUAUACAGACAUCUAGUGGCUACAGUAUUACAGGUUUUAUUUUUAUUUCUUUAAUAUGUGCAAGGAAAAAAAAAAAAACAUAAUUAUAAUUUAUACACAACACUAUGCCAUCUACAUAUUAGUCUAUUUCAAAAUGCAUGUUGAUCAAGACCGUGGUCUUUCAUCAUUUCACUGAGUGGUGGGAGUUCCCCUUUGUAGCGACUCUUGUGUUCAUUUCUACAUUUUCCAGCUCAUUUUCCGCAAAAAAAAAAAAAAACUCACACAAAACUGCGACCACUAUGGAAUUUUAAAUCACUAACAAACACUAAAAUUUUAGCUAACAUGAUUUCCGUGCUAGUCGUAACUGCAAAUUUUUAAGUUGGAUGUUGAGUCCUUUGUUAAAGAAAGCGUCUUCAUACAUGGAAGGCAUAAUUUCCUCUUUGAAAACAAAAUAACUGAAAUUUCCAGACAUGAAAAUGUUUUUCCCGUGGGAAGCAUCGUAAUUAAUAACUUCCCUGACAGCAACAUAGUGUCAGCCCAGAUCCGGCCCACAUCUGGUCCGCGUGUAAUCCACAUGUGCCAGAUGUGUGCCGGAUCUGGGCCACAUCAUGCUGCUGUCUGGGUAGCUGUUUCUCUGAGGAGAAUGAUAGCAGACAGGUGUUAUUUGCGCAUGCACCAGCAGGUGGCUCACGUGAGUCAUGACUGGCAACAGAAGCAGGAACUAUAAUCAAGCAGCACUUAAUAAAGCAUUAUUAUUUCAAAAUACUAUUUUUUUUUUUUUUUCAGCUUUAAAUGCCAUUGUAAUCCUGAUAGUAUUCCCUUUUUUUUUUUUUUACAAAAUGUAACUGUAUUCUGAUUACUUUGUUUUUUGGUGUAACUGUAAUGAAUUACAGUUAAGAAUUGUUUUGUAUCCUGAUUGCGUAACGCUGUAACGUGUGUUCUGUUACUCCCCAACCCUGCAUUGGAGUAUCAGUAGUCUGUUAGGUUAGGGUUCGGGUUAGUAGAGUAAGUUGACAUGUAGUUGCAAAGUUACUUAUAGUUAGUAGAAUGUCUAAAGUGGACCAUCGAAAUAAAGCAUAGCCAUACCAACUAUCAAAUAAAAAGAUGUGGGGGAAAAACACUGGUGUUAAAAACAAAAAUCAUAGAAGUGGAUUUGGAGUGUGAAUGUUUUAUGGUAAGCGUCAUGACAGGGAGUUCCUGUUACUGCUUUAACAUGCAAAAGGAAACGCUUUGAUUAUGUGUGGCUUCGUCAUCAGUGUAACGGCAAUAGCGGCUCUAACAUCACGUCUUCAUUUGGUCAACUCUUGAAAUAACAGUAGCCGGAGUGGAACUGUCUCAGCAAUAUUUGACUAAACCAUGUGUAUAAAAAAAGAGAUGCAAUCUAUGUGGUGGGUAUAUGCAAUUUCAUGUUUGUAAACAGUGGAAGCUACAGAAUCUUUUUACUAUAUGUAAAUUAUUGAUUUUUUUAUACAAAUCUUUUAAUACAAAUGUUUUAAAGGGAAGUGGAAAUUGGGUUUAGAGACGGACGAUGCUCUGUGAGUUUCAUUGUGUUUCUGUACGGUGCUGCGCAGGGACACCUUCGCUUCCACGCCUGGAUGAUGUUUGUACAGUAUGGAAACUAACGCAGAAGGAAUUUGUAAAGAAUAUACAGAGUAUAGACAAUGAAAACGGGACCUACAGGGUUUUUGCCCCCACUUUUGUGCCAGAAGACUAUUUGCACUUAUCCCACCUUCGGACGAUGUGCAAUCUCCAGGUGUCUGUUCGGCACGAUGACAGACGUUCAGCGGUUUGAGGAGAGAUUACAGGGAUUGAAAUAUUAAUGAGGACAAUAUCUUUACAAGGAAUAUUGUGCAUUUUUAAGUAACGAUGCUAGUUCGUUGAGUAUGUUCUAUAUAAUGCGAAAUAAUCCCCAGCAGCACUUUAUGUCUAAUCACUGUACAAAAUCAUAAAAGAGUAUAGUCAAUCGAGAAGAAAAUCUCCCAUCAGUAGAGUUUGAGGGUGUCGUCCCUCAUUUCCAUUGUACUAUUAGCUGUAGCAACCUUGUUAAUACCUUAUUGAGAGCUAAAGGUGCUUGUACUUCACUGGAUCUCAUCCAUUGUACAAAUCGGUCCGUUUUUAGGGCUCCAUCAUUCAUGCACAGCAUCACAUCUGCAGCUUUUUGCCAAUAUAGUAAUGCUUUCAAUAGAGAAAUAGCUAGUAUGGGUUUUGAAUCAAUUAUCGUCAUCGGUACAAUGGAAAUGGGAAUUUAAGCACAAACAUGCUGCUCAUGUACUGUUGGUGCAUAAUAUUGCAUUGUUUUUUUAAAAGGAUAUAUGUGACUCAUUACCCAAGGUACAACAAAAGAAGUCACGUUUUAGAAUGCGAUUUUUCAUAUGAAUUAUUGUGAAUUCAUGAGUUUAUUUAUCCAGAAUUCUUCAUUUCAAGGCUGAUUUGUUUAAUCAUCGAUGAAGACGGGAUUUUGUAUAAACUAUCGUGCUCUCUGUGGAACUGGAGUUUGAUUUAUUUUUGUACGAUACAGCAUGAAUUUGUUGACAUUUUAAUUUUACUAUAAAUGUGUGAGAUCACAAGUUGCAGUGAUUUUUUUCAUUUUUAAAUGGUGGAAAUUUGUACAAUAUUUGUCAUGCUGGAUGUUGACACAUCGUACUCUGAAUAAAGAAAAUGGUGUUGCCACA